UCGCCGUCGCGCGGCGGGGAGGGGGCGGGCGCUCUGCCCUGCGCGGCGCGGAGCUCUAUGGUGCGGGAGCCGGGUGUCAUGGCGGAGGGGGGCUGAGGGGGCGGCCGUGCCCGACCCCGCCGCGGGGCUGCGGUCUCCAUGAAACUGCGGGACGGUCCCUCCGCCUGCCCGUCCCUCUGGCGCUCCCUGCCCUGCCCGCCGGCCGAGCUGCGCCUGGACCUGGUGCUGUCGUCGGGGCAGACGUUCCGGUGGUGGGAGAGCAGCCCCGGGGCCUGGACGGGUGUGCUGGGGGAGCGCGUCUGGACGCUGAGGCAGGAGCAGGACCGGCUGUGGUACACGGUGUACGGCGAGGAGCAGGACGGGCGUCCGGACGGGGCCGAGACGGACCAGAUCCUGCGCGACUACUUCCAGCUGGAUGUGGGGCUGCCGGCGCUGUACCGUGCCUGGGGGGCGGCCGACCCCCUCUUCCGCAAGGUGGCCAACGACUUCCCAGGCGUGCGGGUGCUGCGGCAGGACCCCGUCGAGUGCCUCCUCUCCUUCAUCUGCACCUCCAACAACCACAUCUCCCGCAUCACUGCCAUGAUCGAGCGCCUCUGCCAAGCCUUCGGCCGCCACCUCUGCUGCCUUGACGCCCGGCCCAUCCAUGCCUUCCCCUCCCUCUCAGCGCUCGCAGGCACUGACACCGAGGCCCGGCUGCGGGCGCUGGGCUUCGGGUACCGGGCCAAGUUUGUCAGCGGGACUGCACGGGCCAUUGUCGAGGGGCUCGGCGCUGAGGGGCUGCGCCGGCUGCGCACUGUGCCAUACGCUGAGGCCAGGAGGGAGCUGUGUGCCCUGCCUGGCGUGGGCACCAAGGUCGCUGACUGCGUCUGCCUGAUGGCCCUGGACAAGGCGGAGGCAGUGCCAGUGGACACCCACGUCUGGCGCAUCGCGCAGCAGCGGUACGGUGCGGUGCUGGGUGGCAGGAGCCUGACCCCCCGGGCCCACCAGGAGAUCGGUGACUUCUUCCGUGGGCUGUGGGGCCCCCGCGCUGGAUGGGCGCAGGCGGUCCUCUUCUGCGCCGACCUCCGCAAGGGCCAGGAGCUGGCUGGCAGCCGGGACCAGGCCAGGAGGAGCCGAGGACGGGACAAUCGCGGACGCUGUCCCCCCUAAGGACACCCCAGAAGGGGCAGAGCCCCCCGGGUCAGCAGCUGAGGUGGGGAUCACUCCACCUGCUCCCAGCCUGGAAUGUGCAGGGGUGCGGGCAGCUGCCUGUUCCCUGCCCACUGUGUUCUUGGGGCGAGCUGCUGCCCAGGGCG